CAAUUGUGUUUUUAUAAACGUUUUUAAGAUGUGAAUGAAUGUCAAUCAAGCCCAUGUCAAAAUAACGCCGAAUGUGUUGAUGACGUAAAUAGGUACACUUGCACGUGUAAAGAAGGUUACGAAGGUGUCCAUUGUGAAUCUGAUAUAGAUGAAUGUCAAUCCAGCCCGUGUCAGAAUGAUGCCGAAUGUAUUGAUGCAAUGAACGGAUACACUUGUAGAUGCACAGCUGGAUACGAAGGCAUCAAUUGUGAGACAGUCACGAAUGUUCCAAUAAGAAGGAAAUCUAUGCAGUUUGUAUUCCGAAUUGACGUCACUGACAUUGAUCUUUCUAGUGCUGACAUUCUAGCAAGUGUUUCAGGGGAGAUAUCCCAGUACUUUAAAGAUAGUGUUGGUGAAUCAUUCCGGCGUAUAAUGGAUGUUCUGCUAAGCCCUGGAAGCCUGGUCGCAGACUUUGUAGCCGAGUAUGAAGAUAACGAGGUAACUGCUAGUGACUUCACCAAAGCUAACGUUGAUUUAAUCACUGGUGAAAAGACAAUUAAACUCCUAAAUCAAACGAUGUCACCUUCAACUAUAAAAGUUGGCGACAAGAAAGUGGCGUCUGAGACGGGUCCGACGGAAACUAUCAUUUGUGAAAUAUUUCUUGAGGUCAAUGGAGAAUGUCCUGCGGAAGAACAUUGUGUUGUGGAGACGAGAAUACCUGCAUGCGUAAAAGAGGACCAACAAUUUGGACUGACAUUUGUGGUCGUGGUGAUAGUUUGUGUUUUUGCCGCUGUCAUCUUAAUCAUGUUCAUUAUCUGCUUUCCAAUACGUGGAUACAGACUCCGAAAACAGAAACGGAAACGUGAUCAUCACAUCGGAUCUCAAAUAUUAGAACAGGACGGCGAGUGGUCGUAUCACAGAACAGUACCAUCGUUCAGUUCAUCUUCGGGAUUAAAGCAUCAUGGACGGGGAUAUAUAUCCAACCAAGGUCACGCAGAGCAUGGAUUCUAUCCUUAUGCUUCUAGAUAUAUCAGUAGAGGAAGAAGCGGUGAACAGGAUCCCACUUUACCAUAUUCAUUGUCCCAUAAAGUUAACCCUAUUUAUAACUGGUGAAACAUAGACAAUUUGUUUAGUAUUUAUCGCUGUAAUGCUUAUAAUUUGCUAGAAUGAUGAAAAGUGAAAUCCGUGUUCCUAUAAUAUUCGAUAAAUGAUAACAAAAUCUUUUUGCCGCUAAUUAAUCGACCAGCAACGAAGGCUGCAACUAUCCGAUUUAAUAAAAGUAAAUGAAACCCGAAUUUUAGUUUUCAUUGUUAUAAACAUUCUUUAUUGCGAGUGCAAUAUCUAUGGAAAUGAACGUUAUUUAACUUUUUUAUUAUAUGUUUCAACUUGUAAAUGUAAUUUUUGCACGUAAAAUAUUUUAUGGACGAAAUGGUUUCUAAGAUAUUAUAAUGCAACAGCUGUUGUCAGUAACAUCUUUAACUGAUACGCAGCGUGGUUUUCCUGCGCAUUUACGAUUCUUAGUGUCACAUAUUGUAGAUAAAGGAAAUCAUAUAUUUUGUCAGCUUGAAUUUCACGAUCGUAGCAUUGCGUUUACAUCUAAAACAAUUUUCAUCAUAUUGCAAAGAUUUCUGUUGUUUAAUAUUUAGCUUGAUAAAAGUGUUAAAGUUAAAGUGUUUACGGAUUUCGACGAUUUUGAGAUCACAAAUAUUUUUCUUUGUUGGACGGAAUAGUGAACCACUUGGAGGGGGGGGGGGGAAUUGAUUGAUUGCUGCAGCUGAGAAUGUUUCAUACUUUCACAGUUUGUGUUGACGCUCACCAUUUAAUAUAUAAAGCAGUUAAGUAUUUUCGUUAAGCUAAUAUUUCAAAGUUUAUGUUGACCCUCACUGUUGAAAAUAUAAAGCAGUUAGGUAUUUUCGUUUUGCUUGUCAUUAAAUCUAAUGUUGUUCUAAACUGUCUGGAAAAUAAUUUAAGUUUGCCGAAAAGUACCCGAGAGACUUUUUUACUUUUUAAUUCUGAGUUUUUCCGAACAAGUAUCCGAGGCUUUGCGGUUUUUUUACUUGUCUCAUUUAUAGGAGUUACGGACUAGCAUCAUUGCUAGUCCUAUAUUAUUCAUUCAGUUUUCAACAUGUCAUUUGCAGACAAGUUGUUCCGGGACUAAUUUUAUUAUAUUCAUUCAAUUUGUGUUUUAUUUCUGUUUAAAAUAAAUACAGCUAUUGACAAUAUACAUUUUGAAAAUCAAAACAAAGCUCUUACACUGACAAAGCGCUAAUCAAGUUUACUAAACAAAAAAAGUUAUACAUUGUCAUCAGUGCUCAUGAAUUAUAUGUAAAACGAUUGUUAAACGAAAAUGAGUUUAUGAAGUGUUGUAUGAAUUGGUAUAUUCUGUCUUAUACCAUGUUUCCCUUUUGUUGACUUAUUAACAUACUUACAUGUACAUGUUUCUAAAACAUUUCUCUUUUUUUUUUGUGUUUCUCAAUAUCUUAGUUUCAAACGUAUUGUAUUUUGUUUAUGUUUACAGUAUGUAAAGAACAAUAAAAAUGCAGCAAACGUCAUAUAUUUACAUUUAGUUUUGUUUCAUGAGUGAGUUCAUAAACAUUUAUGUUUUAUUUUAGUGUCGAUACCUGAAUAGCCUUAUUAUGUUUUGUUUUUGUCAUGUACUUUCUGAAUUCAUGGGAACACUUCUAGUUCUAUUUUAAAUGUCUUAAUCGCAAUAUCCAUUUAACCAUAUCUUAAUUAUUGUGUGUACUUUUAAGAGGUCGUGUAAACACGUCUCCCAUCUAUAUCUAACAUCUCAUAGAAAAUAAUUCCAAUUUGAAAUCAAAUGCCUUCAUCGGCAACUGAAAUGGCAAAAGGGUGGCAUGUGCUUUUAUCAUAAUUACUAAAAAUGUUACUAAACAUUGAUAUGCAGCGACAUCAGCGGUCACAAUCUAUGAUAUAAAUUUUAAAAUAAACGUUUUGUUUACGAAAACGAUUUGAUAGAUAUGGUUAUAUACAAAUACUUUGUAAGUAAACAUCAGUCAUAUUUAAUGUUGAAUUCGUAUAUGCUGUCUAAUCAUGUUUCCGUUUUGUUGAUUUAAGAAUAAAUUUAAAUACUACUUAAGCGAAGUCAUACAAUAGUUCGCUUUUAUUUGUUGUUAGUCUUCGUGCCUUAGUUAUCACUCAAAUGCUUCAUAUUCUGUUAAAGUGUACAACUCUUAAAAACAAUUUGAAAAAUGCUAAAAUAUAGCAAAGGUCAUAUAAGGGCAACAAGUUUUGUUUUCUGAAAGUGUACAUGAACAGUCAUGUUUUCUUAUAGUAAGAGUAUAAACCUCAGUGCCAUAUCAUGUUUUGUUUUGUUUUGUUUUUAUGUAUGUGUACAAAUAAAGAAUGUCUUAAUUAUUAUAAUUCCACUAGACUAUAGGAUAUUUAUAUUAAAGUAAUUUGAUAUGUCUUUAUAAACCUCCGUAUUUGCUCUCUUUCUAUGUUAGUAAUAGGACGGUUUCUAUGAAAUAUUUGUAUCGGAAUUAAGAAACGUUUGGCACAUCGCAACAAGUAAAGACUUUAUCUAUGUCUUAUACUUUCCUGACCUCUUGAGAGAUAAUUUUGCAUCUAAAAUGACAUUAUGUCCAUCAAAGGGUAUAUAGUGAAUUUAAGAUUUGUUUCGCAUGAACGAUAAAUAACUUACCUGGCUCAAGGAAAGUUCUAUCUAAAAUUACAUGUAUCGUUCAAUUUAUAAAAAGAGUGGAACAGCAUUUUUAUAUUUUCAGCAGAUUUA